AACACGGAAGUGCUUUGUUGUUGUUUUACAGCCAGCUGUGAGCUGCACCUUUAGGCUCCAGAUGUCGUUUUAAAUUUUGUUAUUCAAAUCGCCACAGGCCGAGGCAAACAUCCACCGCGGGAGCUCAGCUUUUUCAUCCGGAUCUUCAUCAUGGAGGAGCCCACGGCGUCCGGCGUGUUCUGUAACAGGAUGCUGAGCAUGGUCAACUCUGAGGAUGUGAAUGCCAUCAUUCAGGCUCAGAGACACAUGCUUGACCGCUUUGAGAAAACCAACGAGAUGUUGAUCAACUUCAACGGGCUUUCUAACGUGCGGCUGCAGCAGAUGAACGAGCACUUCCUCCUCCACACUCGCACCCUUGUGGAGAUGAAGAAAGAUCUGGACAGCGUCUUCAGGAGGAUCAGGACACUAAAAGGGAAGAUUGCUAAACAGUACCCAGAGGCUUUCAGCAAUAUCCAUCAAUCACACAUCCUGGAGGACGACGACGACGAGUUUGACCCAGUUCCCCCCAGCGCUGCUACAACAAUCACCACAGCCACCUCGGAGCAGAGCACAGAGUCUUGUGACACAAGUCCAGAUGUGAUCUCGCCCACUGUGAGCAGAUGCUCUGAAGAUCUCUCUCAAGAGCCCCCUGACACGCCCACCUCCGAUGUCCUAGAGACAGCCGUCCUACAGGACGAGGGUCCGGACUCUGUACCUGCAGAAUAGAGUGAGCAGAGGAUGGAUUUCAUUCUCUUGAGCAGCAACCUUGAAGCUAUUUUAGCAGGAGGUUGUGUUAUUUGUGAGUUUGUUUUGGGCGCUGCAGUGUCUGAGGACUUUCCAGUCAUUAAUUUGUUGGGAAGAACAUCACAACCUUGUUGAUGUUGAUGUGGCUUUGAACUGUUUAUGAGGACACUGGAUUUUUGUUGGCAUGCUUAUUUGUCCCUAUCCUGCACAGCACUAAAAUAAUGCAGACAAUACUUGAAGCUGUGCAGCAUCUCACUAUAAAUGUUUAUCUAUAGUGCUGACAGUCAACCUGAGCAAACGUCCUAACUUAUUAUGUGAUGAUAAGCAUACUUAAUUCUGUUGUUGUCUGAAUAGAUACACACCUGACUGAAGGAA